CGUGCAUUUUCUUGUGCUUCUACCUUUCCACUGUUCAUGGCGCUGGUGAAGACAGCUUUGUGACGGUGCCAUCCAGCUCUUUUGAGCCAGAGUCAGUUUGCUCCGGAGAGUUUGGUACAUGACCUGCAGAGCGUGUCUGGUUUAUUCCUUUCCUUUAAAUGCUUCGGACAAAACCUUAUGAUUCUGCAUAUAUAUAUAUAUGUUUCAGUCAAACCGGAGCAAAACGGCUCCACCGUGUAUGUCCCACUAGUACACCGGCACGGUCCGUGCGCGCCGGCGCCGUCGCUAUCCACAGACACGCGGUCCUUCGCUGACAUCUUCCGCAGAAGCCGUGCUCGCCCGAGCUACAUCGUCAGGGGAAAGAAGGUGAGCGUCCCCGCCCACCUAGGCACCUCCGUCAUGUCGCUAGAGUACGUUGUCAGGGUGAGCUUCGGCACGCCGGCAGUGCCACAGGUCGUCGUCAUCGACACCGGCAGCGACGUGUCGUGGCUGCAGUGCAAACCGUGCAGCUCCGGCCAGUGCUUCCCGCAGAAGGACCCCUUGUAUGACCCGAGCCACUCGUCGACGUAUAGUGCCGUCCCUUGCGCCUCCGACGUGUGCAAGAAGCUCGCCGCCGAUGCGUACGGCAGCGGCUGUACGAGUGGGAAACAGUGCGGGUUUGCCAUCUCGUAUGCGGACGGAACAAGCACGGUGGGUGCGUACAGCCAGGACAAGCUAACGCUGGCGCCUGGGGCCAUCGUACAAAAUUUCUACUUCGGUUGUGGCCAUGGCAAGCACGCGGUGCGUGGCUUGUUCGACGGCGUCCUUGGGCUCGGCCGCUUACGGGAGUCGCUCGGCGCACGGUACGGUGGCGUCUUCUCGUACUGCCUCCCUUCAGUGAGCAGCAAGCCUGGGUUUCUUGCCCUUGGCGCAGGGAAGAAUCCAUCUGGCUUUGUCUUCACGCCGAUGGGCACGGUCCCAGGGCAGCCAACGUUCUCAACGGUGACGCUCGCCGGGAUCAAUGUCGGCGGCAAAAAGCUUGACCUCCGGCCGUCGGCGUUCAGCGGGGGCAUGAUCGUAGACUCUGGUACCGUCAUCACGGGACUCCAGUCGACGGCGUACCGGGCACUGCGGUCGGCAUUCAGAAAGGCCAUGGAGGCAUACCGGCUGCUUCCAAAUGGUGAUCUUGACACUUGCUACAACUUGACAGGUUAUAAGAAUGUCGUUGUACCCAAGAUUGCCCUGACGUUCACUGGUGGAGCCACUAUCAACCUCGAUGUUCCCAACGGAAUUCUAGUGAAUGGCUGCCUCGCCUUUGCAGAGUCCGGGCCGGAUGGUAGCGCCGGAGUCCUCGGCAAUGUCAACCAGCGAGCAUUUGAGGUGCUAUUCGACACCAGUACAAGUAAAUUCGGCUUCCGGGCUAAGGCCUGUUGAUGUAAGCAAACCGAAUAACAAGAUAAUAGUCAAGGGCAAGUUUUUUUU